CAUACAGGUUGUUGUGACAAUCCUCCAGUGAGUAACAACCUGACAGCCAAGAGAGAAACAUCUCUUCGAGGAAAACUGCAAUUAUGGAAAGUACAACAGAACUACAAUCAAAUAGCAAAACUCCAAUACCACCACAGUGUUUAGCAGUCAUGAAGAAAUGUGACAACUUAGAACACAAGUACUCCCAAUGGAUUCUCAGCAGAAUUCUACAUGCAGGGAGUUCUUCUGGACUACAAAGCAGUUAUAAAAGAGUUGGAAGAGACAGCCUGCAGGGAGCUGCCGGAGGACCUUUUCGUGUCAACUUUGACGCUUUAGAGUUUGCAAGAGCCAGUCUUAGAAUGUUUCACACUCAGCACAUGAAGAUAAACAGACAAUCUGAAGAACAAGAAGAGGAAAUCCACUUUCUGACAGAAAGUCUGCCCUCCAAGAGAAUGGAAUUAGAGAUGGUCAAAAAAUACAGGAACAUGGAGCAAGACCAGUUCAAUGACAUGAAACGUUACUUCAACAAAACUUUGACAAUGCUCAAAGCAGAUGUGUGUGUUAUACAGCAGGAAAUAGCCAAGCUGAAAACUGUGCAGCAGGAAAUAAUGAGGAAGGUGAGCCAGGUCAUCCAGGAAAAGGAGGAUGAGAUCGCCAGAGUCAGACAGGAAAUGAUUGCGCUGGUUGAGAGAAAUCUGGAGAGCUUGGCGAACGUGAGAGAAAUAAACACACAGAUCCGCCAGAUUGAGGCAUUGAAGAAGGAGGAGAACUUGAGGAAAACACAGGAGCUGCAGAAACAGAUCAGAGAGUUGGAGGAAGAGUGGCUCACCAAGGAGAGCAUGAUGGAGAAGAAGGAGCUGGUCUUUAAAACAGACAAGGUCAAGGAGAAGAGACGAAUGAUAUACCUUUUCCCUAUCUAA